AUGCUUCGAUUAGGAAUUCUAGUGGCUUUGUUAGGAUUAGCAGCAGGUCAAACCAGACGGUAUGACAAUUAUCAAGUAUUCAGAGUAGUCCCCAAAACUACUCAACAAAAUAAUUUUCUGCAUGAGAUAUCGGAAAUAUCAGGGUACUCCUUCUGGGAUGGUCCACACUUUGUAAACAGUUCUGCAGAUGUAAUGGUUUCUCCUAAGAAACUAAAAGAGUUUAAACAAUUAAUGAAUGCAUCUGGAAUGGAAUGUAAGGUACACAUUGAAAAUGUCCAAGAUUUAAUGGAAAAUGAAAUUUUGUCGCACAAUAAAUUAAUUAGUGCCGAAUUUGAUUGGCAAAGUUAUCACUCUUUGGAAGAGAUUUAUGCGUGGUUAGACUCGUUGGAAAAAACAUAUCCAGAUAAAGUGAAAGUAGUUGUAGCUGGAAAAACAUAUGAAGGUAGAGAAAUAAAGGGUGUUAAAGUGUCAUUUAAAAAAGGUAAUCCUGGAAUUUUUAUUGAGGGUAAUAUUCAUGCACGAGAAUGGAUUACCUCAGCCACUGUGACCUUCAUACUUAAUGAAUUACUCACUAGUCAACAAACAGAGGUCAGAGAAUUAGCAGAGAAGCAUGAUUGGUAUAUAUUUCCGGUAUUCAACCCAGACGGUUUUGCGUAUACUCACGACAAGGACCGAUUGUGGCGUAAAACUAGGAAACCUUAUACCAAAAUAUGUUAUGGAUCAGACCCUAACCGGAAUUGGGGUUACAAAUGGAACCAAGGUGGAGCGAGUAGUUUUCCUUGUGCUGAAACAUAUGCUGGUUCAAGUGCAUUUUCUGAUAUAGAGACCAAAACAAUGUCUGAAUAUAUUACGUCAAUUGGUGAUAAAUUUUUCGCCUACAUAGCUUUCCAUAGUUAUUCACAGUUACUUCUUUUUCCAUAUGGUCAUACUACGGCACAUCUUGACAAUCAUAAUGAAUUGAAAGCAAUUGGCCUAAAAACAAUUGAUGCUCUUUCAAAAAGAUACGGAACGCAAUACGUCACAGGAAAUAUCGCUGAAACUAUUUACGUUGCUAGUGGAAGUUCUAUGGAUUGGGUAAAGGCUACCUUCAAAACUCGAAUUUCAUACACUUAUGAAUUACGAGAUAAAGGAAGAUAUGGUUUCCUGUUACCUGCUGACCAAAUAAUUCCAACAGGACAAGAGACUCUAGACUCGCUGAUUACACUGUUUAAAGAAGCUGAAACAUAA